GACUGUUGGGUUAUAGGAGAGCCCCAGGCAACCAUGGAUACAACUUUGCAUAGCCUGCAGAAACCGACAGCCUCAACCGACAAGGUCCUGGACGGUGGAACGGGACUCGCUUUGGAUAUGAGUAUGGGGGACCGGGAAUUCACGGAACAAUCGAUUAGACUUACCGACAAAAUCCCGUUAGUGAAGCCCUAUUUAAAAAAAAAAAAAGGACAGAGGAAACUAGACUCAAAAUGCCUCCGUGCGCUCCAGGACCCGAUCCUGACCACAUUACUGAGUACAGAUGCACUUGUUACCGGAGACGGGGUGUUUGUUCCCCGGAACCCUCCGACAAGGACAGCGGGGAACCUGUGCACUGCGGCGGUGGUCAAACAGGCGCGGAUUGGUGGGCCUGUGUGUCUGAAAGAUUCGGGAGCUACCGGAGUAACGGCUAUGAUUACCGGCGACACUGACACAGAAAUGGCGGACACCGCCGCCGAGUUGGACGAGACAGAGAGGGGGGUAACCAAGAUACCGGUAGAUCUCCAGCGCGUGACAAUAGACUCUAACGAACGCAGAUUCCAGCUCAAACGUGUCCCCCGGGAGCGCGAGGUGGGGGCGGCAACCCCCACACCAGAUACCCCUCUAGUAUCCCCUCCAAGCCAGGGGGGCAACACGAUGAGUGACCUCUUCGCCUCUAAAGCCUUGCGGGGGCCAGAUUGUCUGACCAUCAAAGACAGUACGAACACCCCCAGUCUGCAGGCCGACAAAGGCGAGAUAUUUCAGGAUAAAAGCGAAGAGGCCUCCCUGGAUCUAGUGUUUGAUCUGCUAACCCAGCUCCAGUAUCACACGCACCAAGCCGACGCGGUUUCGAUCUGCGUGGAUUUCCUGCAGGGGUUGUGUGUGUACGGGAGUGACUGCGCUUACCACCAUACUGUGCUCCCCUACCACUGGCAGAUCCGCAGGAGUGAUACUGAAAGCUGGCAAAGCGUGGCGGAUGAUUCGCAGGAACAGUUGGAGAGGCUUUACUGCAAUCCGGACAAUGAGCAAGUCAGGCUCAAAUAUCAGGGUCGUGUGUUUUCCUUAGACUUCAGUGCCAUGCGUGUAUGUGACCUGGAGUUCGACCACGUCAGACGGUUGACCACUCCCUCCAGCCCUGCCUCCCCACCCCCAAACACAAACCCCGCCCCUAACUGCCACACAGUGUGGAAAUACUACUGCAGAGACAACUUCGGCUGGAGAGAAUAUUCUGAGCCGGUGGUGCGUCUGAUAGAGGAGGCUGGUGGUCGUGGUCUGAAGGAGGUCCGGUUCAUCACCCUACAGAACCACUACAUCCUCAACAUCAGAGAGGGCUUCCAACAGAACGCCGUGUUCGGCUUCAGACGCCAGAUCAAGAAACGCCCCCUCUUCCUGUCCUCCGUGGUCCUCACGCCACACCUACAGACUCUUGGUGGCCUCUCCUCUUUCCCCAUCUCCUCCUCCACCCUGGAUCUGUCUGUCUCUCUCCCCCUCUCUCCCACCUUCACCAACCCUCCCAGCGUAUUCCCGGAAACAUGGUUACCCAUGACGACCAGCCAGGACUUCCUGCAGGUUCCGGUAUCCCGUGACGACCGGAGCUAUCGGACCGUCUACACCCUCUUCCACAAGACGGUGUCCGAAACCAAGUUCCGCAUCCUGAAGAUCCUCCGCGUCCAGAACCCCUUCCUCUGGGAGAAAUACAAGCGGAAGAAGGAGUACAUGUCUCGUCGUCUCUCGGAGAUGGACAGGAUGCUGAGCGAGCGUCACCUUUUCCACGGCACCUCCACUGAGGUGGUAGAGGGCAUCUGCAAACACAACUUUGACCCGCGUGUCAGUGGCAAACAUGCCACCAUGUUCGGACAAGGCUCCUACUUCGCCCGCAAGGCCGUCUACUCCCAUAACUUCUCCAAGCGCUCUCCUAAAGGGAUCCACUCCAUGUUCCUGGCCAAAGUGCUCACUGGCAGGUUUACAGUGGGGAACCCCUCUAUGCGUCGGCCGCCCCCACUCAGCCCCCGCGACCCUUCCAGUGACCUCUACGACUCGUGUGUAGACAACUGGGUGGACCCCCAGAUCUAUGUUAUCUUUAACGACGACCAGAGCUACCCCUACUUUAUCAUCCAGUACGAAGAGGUUCCCAGUACCGUGGCUAUCUGACACAGAGCAGACUGAACCAAACACAGUACUGUGGCUGAGAACAGACCAGACAGAACCAGACCCAGUACUGUGGCUGAGAACAGACCAGACAGAACCAGACCCAGUACUGUGGCUGAGAACAGACCAGACAGAACCAAUCCCAGUACUGUGGCUGAGAACAGACCAGACAGAACCAGACCCAGUACUGUGGCUGAGAACAGACCGAACCAAACCCAGUACUGUGGCUGAGAACAGACCAGACAGAACCAGACCCAGUACUGUGGCUGAGAACAGACCAGACAGAACCAGACCCAGUACUGUGGCUGAGAACAGACCAGACAGAACCAAACCCAGUACUGUGGCUGAGAACAGACCAGACCGAACCAAACCAGAGCUACCUCAUACUGCAUCAUCAGUAUGAAGCGUUAACCAGUACUGUCAACAUCUGAGAUCUAUUGGUUCCUCCCUACACCCGUCAACCACAGCAGCUUCCAUCUGUAUGCUGUUGGUUUGAAGCCCUUAAAUUGGACAGUGGAUGGCGUUUCAUUUGGAUACAAUGCUGUGUGAAUAGACAUUAGUGUCUGCCAUUUUGGGUCUGAACAGUUUCAUUUGGACACAAUGCUGUGUGAAUAGACAUUAGCGUCUGCCAUUUUGGGUCUGAACAGUUUCAUUUGGACACAAUGCUGUGAGAAUAGACAUUAGCGUCUGCCAUUUUGGGUCUGAACAGUUUAAUUUGGACACUGCUGUGAGAAUAGACAUUAGUGUCUGCCAUUUUGGGUCGGAAAAGUGGACAGUUUAAUUUGGACCCAAUGUUGUGUGAAUGGAUAAUUGCCUUGGCGUCUGCCAUUUUGGAUCCCCAUCGGGACUGAACAGUGGACAGAGUCACUGAGUGCUGGAGUGACCACAUUACGUUUCUGUUUAAAACAUAACCCCAAUCUCUCUCUCUCUCUAAGACCUCUUUCUCUCAGAGGGCAGACAUAUUUGGUGAGAUAAGCUACGUACGUUCUUCUUGUUUAUAUUUGAACUGUGUGCCUUUUGUUCAUAAAAAUGUUUAUUUAUGUUAGUUAAUGUAACAUUGAGUAAAUAAAUAAUCUAAAAGAGAAAAUCA